AUAAAUAUUAAGUAUUUGCGCGUGCGGAAGAAAGUUCCUACUGUCCUUAGUUUUGAGGUUAUAAAUAGUAAAGGUGCAAAUGAUGUAUCUUCCAAAAGAGUGAGAUAAUGCAAAGAUAAGACCAAUAUUCUAAAAAGAAUCUCUUAAAAUGGCAAGUAAUUCACCAACCAGUAUCUUAUAUGAACUUGCAAAAACUAAUAGAUUGUUGCCAGUUUACAAAGUUGUUGCAGACUCUGGACCUCCACAUCAAAAAACAUUUCAAGUUCAUUUGUAUGUUGGCUGUCAUGGUCCAUUCGAAGGUAUUGGUAAUAGUUUAAAAAGUGCUAAAAACGCUGCUGCAUCUAAAGCUAUUGUAGAAGGUCCACCUAAUCUUUAUUUAAAUCCUACAGUAGAAUUGAAUAUUCUUUCCAUGAAAAAUAAAGAGCAAGUUGUAUAUAAGGAACUUGAAAGUCCAUUUCCUCAGCAAAAGUUAGAAACUUUGUUUCCUCCACGUGAUUUUAUUCAUGGAGUUCACAGAGCCAGAGUUAAAAAUACUAAUAGAUUGUGCAAGAUGUCUGUAACUGUUUGUGGAAGAACAUACAUUGGAGAAGGUAAAUCAAAAUCUGAAGCACGGGGAAAUACUGCUUGUCUCGCUCUAUUAGAUUUAAAACCAAUUUUACUAGAGCGUGCCAAACAUAUAGAGCAAGAAAAAGUUCAGAACAAGACAGUUAAUCUUGAAAAAAAUAUUGCUACUUCAAAUAUAUAUAUUUCACUUUUGUAUGAAAAAGCUGUGUUGCAUAAUUUUCAAAUACAUUUUACUACUAUUCAUGAAUCAGGUCCUGCUCAUCUUAGAUUUUUUCAUGUCAAGUGUGAGGUUAAUGAUAAAGAGACUGUAGGUGAAGCCAUGGGCAAAAAGAAUGCAAAGAAUAUUGCUGCUGAAAAAAUGUUGAAAAUUUUAGAGGAGAUGAACUUACCCAUCCCCCCUAAAAAAGAAAAGCCUAAAAAAAAGAAAAAGGAAAAAAAAAUUUCAACAAAAACUAACCCGGUUACAUAUUUAACACAACUGAUCCAGUUAAGAAAAGAACCUCCUGUAACAUAUACAAUGAAAGCUAUUCCUGGAGAUCAAUCUGGUGCCUUGCUUUUUCAAAUUGAAGCUGCGAUUACAAAUUUUAAAUCUGUUGGGUGUGGUCAUUCUAAGAGAGAGGCAAAGGCAAAUGCUGCUAUGAAUCUUCUAAAAAGUCUGGGAAUCGACUUGGAUGAAUUGGAGGCACAAAAAACUAGAAGUUUGCAUGAAGAUGAAUUAGUAAAAGAUAUGAAUGAGAAAUUCUCAACGUCGAGUAAAGCUGUUGGAAGUUCGAUUAGUCGUUCUAUUGAUACAUCUGCAAGAUUAGAAAAGAAUUUUGAUUCAGCAAAACAAAAAUUAGAAUACAUUGCUCAACUUGAAGGUUUCCAGUUGAUGUUUAAUGACUUUGUUAAGAACAAAAAAGAUAAUCGUGGGGAAUUUUCAUCAAACCUUUCUAUUUUUACCACACCGCCAGAGGUUUAUCAAGGAUCAGGAGAUUCUGUAGAGGCAUCAAGAGAAAAUGCUUCGAGCAAAGCACUGAAGGCUAUGUUUAAAAAUGCGGAAAAAACAUUGGAAACUAAGACAUAGUAAUCUUGUUGAAUAAAUUUAUAAUUAUUUA